AUGCCGAUCGAGGGUCGGGGUCCCCUCCGCCCGCCAUCGACAUCCUCGGCCAACCACCACGGCUCCUCUGGCGGCCCCCAGCUGAUCAAAGAGUACCGCAGCCUCUCGCGCUUCGCCAACUCCUCAGACGCCCUCGCCCUUCUACAGUCAAUCGGCCGCACCGUGACGCCCUUGAUGGCCAAGUACGGCUGGCUUGUGCCCCUGCUCAGCGAGUUCCUCCCCUCUAACCCCAACCUGCUCGGCAUCAAUGUCAAUCGCGGAGCCCGCAUCAGCCUACGGCUGCGUUGGGACACCAGCAAGGACGAGCUCAUCGACGAGGAGCAGGUCACCCUCGUCAUGCUCCACGAACUCGUCCAUAACGUCCACGGUCCGCACGACGAGCGCUUCUACGCUCUGCUCGACAAGAUCACUGAAGAGUACUACGAGGCCAAGAGAAAGGGCAAAUGGGAGGUCGAAGGCUUCCUCAGCAACGGCAGAAAGCUCGGCGCCGCACCCAGCAGCAGGCUCCCGUCCCUCAUUCCUGGUCGCCCGAGUGGCGGAAGGAUAUCUGCGGGUGCGCAGAAGCUCGGCGGCGGUCCAUCGGCUGGUGGCCGCAUCGUCGAGUCGGUCGAGGCGCGCAGGAAGCGUGCGGCGGAGGCUGCAGAGCGAAGGCGCAGGGAUGCGGCGGCCUGUCCGGACUCGCAAGCCGAGAUCGACAAAGUCACAAGGGAAACGGAAAAACGAGAGCGAGGGCAAGGGGUCGACGUCAUUGUCAUCGACGACGAAGACGACGGCCAACAACAGGCAGGCUCGACGUCUCUUCCAAGAGCCGGCACCUGGGCCAAUGGCGACGUUCAGGAAGACAAGAACGAAGACGAAGAUAGUCAAGAGAUCGUGUUCACGGGCAAAAGAAACGCGCAGGACGGGUCUGACAAGCAUCCAAGCGUCAAGAUCGAGCUCGAUGACGUCCUGAAGACCGCACCUGAUCAGCCCUCGACAAGCGGUGCACCCAAGUGCCCCGCCGGCGUCUCCUCGGGCCAGCGGAAACCAAAAGCACAGCCAUCCGACGCCAGAGCAUCGCCGUCAGAGCCGAUUGUCAUCUCAUCUUCCGAAGACGAGGACCCACGUCGUGCACCGCCUGCAAAACGAGCACGGCCAGCCUCGCGAGCCCCUCCAUCCAAGGCGACGCGCGCUCCCGCCGUCAGCGAGCGCACCCCAAGCCGCUCGACACUGCAGACCCGCUCCGCUGCCGCACUCUCCCUGCACAACGCCCAGCUAUCGGCUCCUCGACAGUGGACCUGCCAGGUCUGCACGCUCAACAAUCCGACGACGGAGCUGGCCUGCCAAGCCUGCGGUAUCCCCCGACCCUCUGCGAGCAUCGCGGCGACUCCUGGCCAGAGCGCAGGUCAACGCCAUGAUUUGAUGCAGGAAGUCGGGAAUGCUGACACCGACACACCGGGAUGGACGUGCCACAGGUGCGGUUACAGGAUGAAGGACGGAGCAGCGGCAUUCUGGUCGUGCUCCGCGUGCGGCGAGAUCAAGAAGAGCAGCGGAGGCGGACAGGCGGGCUGGGGCGCCAUGCUCGGCGGCGGUGGCUACUAG